GAACAAAAAAGAAGGAAGUGCAUAACACAUACCAAGGCAAUGGCUAACUAUUUGAUUAUCUCUCUCUUCAUUCUUUUAUCAUCAUCAUCUCAAACCUGGGGAGGAAAAGUGGAUGAAUCUUCCAGUCUCUGCAUAAUCGGUAGUGGAAUCGGUGGUUCCUCCGUCGCGCACUUUAUCCGCCGCUAUGCUUCUUCUUCCUCCGAUGCCAUCGGCAUCAUCCGAAUCUUCGAGCGUCAUGACAUCGUCGGUGGAAGGAUGGCCACUGUCUCAAUCGCCGGAGAUACAUUUGAAGCCGGCGCAUCUAUUCUUCAUCCUAAGAACUAUCAUGCUGUUGAUUACGUCAACUUCCUCAACUUAACUGUAAAGAAGCCUUCUUCAUCUUCCUUUGGCAUUUGGGACGGCGAUAAAUUCAUCUUCAGAACACUCGAAUCAUCGGGUUUUUGGAUUUUAGAUCAGGUCAUCUCUUUAGUUGAUUCAGUCCAGAUGCUCUGGCGCUAUGGUUUCUCUCUCUUCAGAAUGAAUAACUUCAUCGAGAUUACUGUGAAUAAAUUUUUGAAGUAUUACGAAAGCUGUGAAUCAAGGCCUGUGUUUGAGACUGUGGAUGAGAUGCUUAAAUGGGCAGGCUUGUAUAAUCUAACAUCUCGGAUAUUGCAAGAAGAAUUGAUAAAUGCUCGAUUGUCCCCUGCUCUGAUAGACGAGCUUGUUACUGUUAUUACAAAAAUCAACUAUGGUCAAAGUGUCAACAUAAGUGGACUUGCUGGAGCAGUUUCCUUGGCGGGUUCUGGAGAAGGGUUGUGGGCAAUUGAAGGAGGGAAUUGGCAAAUGGCUGCUGGACUAAUCAGGAGCUCAGAUGUUACACUUCACCUUUCUGAAGAAAUAGAAUCAGUUUCUGAUUUUGGUGAUUAUUAUGAGCUUAAUUCAACUCAAGGAAAUUCCUACAAAUGUGAAGUCACCGUAGUUGCUACACCCUUAGAUGAAAUAAAUCUUCUCUUUACUCCUAAACCUUGGGUUCUUCCAGAGAGAAAAUUACAACAUACACAUGCAACUUUUGUGAGAGGUCUCCUGGAUCCUGCAUAUUUUGGUGUUAAAGCUGCUUCAGGAAUUCCAGAAUUGGUUGGCACAAUAGAGACUCCUGAUCUUCCUUUUACAAGCAUUUCAGUACUCAAGGAACAUACUGAAAGUGACAAGACUUAUAAGAUAUUCUCUCGUGCAACGUUAACAGAUACAUUGCUGGGUAAUUUAUUCAGUACGAGGACCGAGACUAUCAGAAUAGACUGGGCUGCCUAUCCACAAUAUGAGGCUCCUGAGAGGUUUGCACCAAUUAUCCUUGAUGGUAAACACUUGUAUUAUGUCAAUGCUUUUGAGAACGCGGCCAGCACCAUGGAAACGAGUGCUGUUUCUGCAGAGAACGUUGCAAGACUCAUUCUUUCAAGAAAAUUUGGCAAGACUAAAUCAAGCUUGAAGAGUAGUACUGAUCCUACUACAUCUUGCACAAAUGUUCUUCACUCAGACUUGUAAGUUUUCCUCUAGGUUGAACCCCCUUAUGCAUGGAAUUUGGAUAAUUAUUAUGUUGCUAUUAACAACUGUUUGUAUUGUAAAUUACAAUAAUAGUCAACUAAGAACUACGAAACUUGCUUUAUUCUUUAGGAUGCAAUCUAGUGAAGAAGUCUGUUUGUACUAUAUAUUACAAUAAUAGUCAAUAAAGAUCUACGAUCUUGCUUUGUUAUUUUGGA